AUGAGACCCCUUCCUUUUCCUCCCCAGUGCUCUCCUUCCCUUCCUUCUUCUCUGUUUUCCUCCUUCCCUGUUUUCGCGUCCCCUGCUUUCGCCUCCGCUGUUUUCACCUCCCCUGUUUUCUCCUUCCUUGUUUCCUCCCCCCCUGCUUUAGCCUCCCCUGCUUUUACCUGCCCGGUUCUCCUGUCCUGUUUUCCUCCCUUGUUUUCCUCCUCCCCUGUACUCGCCUCCCUGUUUUCACCUCCUCCCCUGUUUUCACUUCCUCCCCUGUUUUCACCUCCUCCCUUGGUUUCACCUCCUCCCCUGCUUUCACCUCUUCCCUGUUUUCACCACCUCCUCCCUGCUUUCACCUCCUCCCCUGCUUUCACACCUCCCCCCUGCUUUCACCUCCUCCCCUGCUUUCAUCACACCUCCUCCCCUGCUUUCACCUCCUCCCCUGCUUUCCCCUCCUUCCCUGCUUUCACCUCCUCCCCUGCUUUCACCUCCUCCCCUACGUUCACCUCACCUCCUCCCCUGCUUUCCCUUCCUCCAAGCCGCUGUCUCCCCAGCCACCUGCUCCCUCUCCUCUGCUACUUUCUCCCCCCACCAUCUGCUCCUUCUCUCCCCCCUCCUUCCUCAAAACACUAUCUUCCCCCUCUUUUGUCAAUCCACUAUCUUCCCCCUCUUUUGUCAAUCCACUAUCUUCCCCCUCUUUUGUCAAUCCACUAUCUUCCCCCUCUUUUGUCAUCCACUAUCUUCCCCCUCUUUUGCCAAUCCACUCUCUACCCCCACCCCCGUUUUCCUCAAUCCACUCUCUACCCCUCCCUCCUCUCCUCUUUCCACCAUCUCCCUGGUCUCUCUCCCCUCCCCACUUUCUUCACCAUCUUCCUUCUCUCCACCUUCGCUCCCUUCUUUCCUCUUCCCACUCUCUCCCCCAUCCUUCCUCUUCUCGCCUUCAUCCCCUUCUCUCCUCUCCCUUGCUCCACUCACCACAGCCUCAAUCAUUCCACCGUCGUCCUUGUGUUCUCCCUUCCCGUCAAGCGGUCCUUCUCUCUCAUCACUCACAGCUACCCUCGCAAGCCCCCUCUCCUCACUCCCUCCCCUCUCUUCUUUCCCUACUGUCUCCUCCCCUCCCUCCCUCCUUCUCGAUACCUAACCCUUUCCUCCCGCCUCCGCUUCCCUCUCCUCCCUUCUCUCCCCUCUCCUCCUUCUCUCCCCUCUCCUCCUUUCCCCUCUCUCCUCCUCAUCUCCCCUUCCUCCUUCUCUCCCCUCUCCCUCCUUCUCUCCCCCUCCUCCUUCUCUCCUCCCCUCCUCCUCCUUCUCUCCCCUCUCCUCUCUCCCCCUCUCCUCCUUCGCUCCCCUCUCCUCCUUCUCUCCCCUCUCCUCCUUCUCUCCCUCUCUCCUCCUUUCCCCUCUCCUCCUCAUCUCCCUCCCCUUUCCCUCCUUCUCUCUCUCCCCUCUCCUCCUUCUCUCUCCCCUCUCCUCCUUCUCUCCCCUCUCCUCCUUCUCUCCCCUCUCCUCCUUCUCUCCCCGCUCCUCUUCCCUCGCCCUCUCCUCCUUCUCCUCCCCUCUCCUCCUUCCUCUCCCCCUCCCUCCUUUCCCCUCUCCUCCUCAUCUCCCCUUUCCUCCUCCUUCUCCUCCCCUCUCCUCCUUCUCUCUCCCCUCUCCUCCUUCUCUCCCCUCUCUCCUCCUUCUCUCCCCUCUCCUCCUUCUCUCCCCUCUCCUCCUUCGCUCCCCCUCUCCUCCUUCUCUCCCCUCUCCUCCUUCUCUCCCCUCUCCUCCUUCCCCUCUCCUUCUCCUCCUCAUCUCCCCUUUCCUCCUCUUCUCUCCCCUUCUCCUCCUUCUCUCCCCUCUCCUCCUUCUCUCCCCUCUCGCUCCUUCUCUCCCCUCUCCUCCUUCUCUCCCCUCUCCUCCUUCGCUCCCCUCUCCUCCUUCUCUCUCUCCCCUCUCCUCCUUCUCUCCUCCCCUCUCCUCCUUCUCCCCUCUCCUCCUCAUCUCCCCUCUCCUCCCUCGCUCCCGUCUUCCUCUCUCUCCCUCUCCUCCUCUCUCCUCCCCUCCUCCUCCUUCUCUCCCCUCUCCUCCUUCUCUCCCCUCUCCUCCUUCUCUCUCCUCUCUCCUCCCCUCUCCUCCUUCGCUCCCCUCUCCUCCUUCUCUCCCCUCUCCUCCUUCUCUCCCUCCCCUCCCUCCUUUCCCCUCUCCUCCUCAUCUCCCCUUUCCUCCUUCUCUCCCCUCUCCUCCUUCUCUCCCCUCUCCUCCUUCUUCUCCCCUCUCCUCCUUCUCUCCUCUCCCCUCUCCUCCUCUCUCCCCCUCCUCUCCUUCGCUCCCCUCUCCUCCUUCUCUCCCCUCUCCUCCUUCUCUCCCCUCUCCUCCUUUCCCCCUCUCCUCCUCCCUCAUCCUCCCUUUCCGCUUCCUCCUCUCUCCUCCCUCAUCCUUCUCUCUCCCCUCUCCUCCUUCUCUCCCCUCUCCUCCUUCUCCUCUCUCCCCUCUCCUCCUUCUCUCCUCUCCUCUCUCUCUCCUCUGCCUCCUUCUCUCCCCUCUCCUCCUUCUCUCCCCCUCUCCGCCUUCUCUCCCCUCUCCUCCUUCUCUCUCCCCAUCUUCUCCUCUCUUCACUCCCCCUCUCCUCCUUCCUCCCCUCUCCUCCUUCUCUCCCCUCUCCUCCCCUCUCCCCUUCGCCUCCCCCUCUCCUCCUUCUCUCCCCUCUCCUCCUUCUCUCCCCUCUCCUCCUUCUCUCCCCUCUUCUCCUCUCUCCCCUCUCCUCCUCUCCCCUCUCCUCCUUCUCUCCCCUCUUCUCCUUCUCUCCCCUCUCCUCCGUCAAUUCCUUCUCCUCCAACCCCUUAG